AUGUUUUUACCCCCCAAUUGCACAGCAUUAGUCCAACCAAUGGAUCAAAAUGCUAUCCGAAUUCUGAAAGUGAACUAUCGUAAAAGUUUCCUAUCAUUUAUGUUAUCAAAUUUAACCGAUAAUUUGACGGAUGUUAUUAAAAAGUUUUCUUUAAAAGACGUUGCAUUUUUGGUGACGAAUGCUUGGAACGCAGUAGGCACUAAUCUACUUCAAAAAUGUUUCAACAGAAUCUUGAAACACGAAGAAUGGGAUUCGGAUGACGACUUGCCCCUUGCGCAAUUACGCUCUAAUCACUUAAGUGAAGUAAUCGACCUGCUGGUUGAAAUAAGUCCGGAUGUGUAUCAGAAUAAUGAAAUUACUGAAUGGAUAAAUGACGAAGAUAUAGAUCAAGGAGAGGAAAGUGAGGAGGACGAAGAAAUUGAGGACGAUAUUUUAGAAGGAAAUGAUAAUCCAAUCCCAAAAAUAUCCCAUUCAGAUGCUAUUGCCGCAUUAAACACUUGCAUACAAUAUGCUGAAGAGCAGGAUUUUAGGUCCGGAGAUAUUUUGAAACUUAUUGGCCUAAGAGAGAUAGCUUAUACAAAUCGCAAUGAAACCAAACUUCGUCAGACCAAAAUCACGAAUUUUCUUCAUCAAUAG